CGCGCGCGCGCAGGGAAGAAGAGCAGUGCGUCCAGAGCCGCCAUGGCGCAGUCCUAGAGCCGCCGGAGCGCCGUCAGUCCGGAAGGUUUCCCCCAACUCGAGCCUCCUACCCGAAGCCCCGUCUCCUGCCGCCGCUCUCCGGGGUGAUGCCCGCCGGGAUGUUCAGCAUCGACAGCAUCCUGUCCGGCCGGCCGACGUGCAAGGAGCCGCUGCUGCUGCACCGGAGCGGCCCGGUGGUGCUGUCCGCCGGCCUCUCGGACUCUAUCUACACCGACUACAACGGACUGUACUCGGCCGCAUGCGGGCCUUCUCCCCCCGGCGUCCAGUCGGUGAACAGGACCCGGAUCGGAUAUAACGGCUACUACUACGGACAGCUGCACGUGCAGGGCACCGGAGGGGCGCCGCCGUGCUGCGGCUCGGUGGCCGGCCUCGGCCCGCAGCAGUGCCCCUGCAUCCCCGCAGGCUACGACAGCCCGGGCUCGGUGCUGCUGUCCCCGGUGCCGCACCAGUUGAUGUCCUACAUGAACAUGGGCAGCCUGUCGCGCACCGAGCUGCAGCUCCUCAACCAGCUGCACUGCCGCCGGAAGCGGCGCCACCGCACCAUCUUCACGGACGAGCAGCUCGAGGCCCUGGAGGGCCUCUUCCAGGAGACCAAGUACCCGGAUGUCGGCACCCGCGAGCAGCUGGCCCGCAAGGUCCACCUCCGGGAGGAGAAGGUGGAGGUGUGGUUCAAGAACCGGCGCGCCAAGUGGCGGCGGCAGAAGCGCUCCUCCUCCGAGGAGUCGGAGAACUCUCAGAAAUGGAACAAAACGGCCAAAGUGUGCGCGGAGAAGCGCGAGGAGGAGGAAGAGGAGGAGGAGGAGGGCGCGAAGAGCGAGGUGGACUCGGACAGCUGAUCGUGCCGCGGGCGCGUGUGCGCGGGCGCGUGUACAUAUGUCGGGAGCGGCGUGCUGGUGGUGUGGUGAUGAAACGUGUUGCCAUGUUGCACAUUGUACAUAAUCUACAUUUUGUAUCAUUGACUCCGCUAUUUAUAUUUAAUUUAAGUGCUUUGGGGAGGACUGGCUGCAUGCACCGGGAUGUGAAGUGCUGUUAUAUAUACUGUGUGUGGGUGUGAAUACGUGUGUGUGGAUAUUACGUGUUGUACACCCCCCCCCCCUCCUCCUCCCCGGUGUAACCCUAUUCAUCGCGCUCGGCACGUGGAGCCUGAACGCAGCAUCAUGAGCUGUUUGUGCCGACAUCUGUGUUGUUGUUUUUUUUAUUUUGACAAAAUAAAUAAGCACGCCUGUACGUAAAAGGACUAUUCAUUAAAAUAUAGAUGACACA